GAUCAUCACUCUACUUCAUCUGUUUGAAAGGAACAAUGAGGCUCCUCCUCCUCUUGACUCUCAUUCGCUUCAGCGUUGCCGUCAUCACAGCUAAGGCAGGACAGAAGAGCGUCACUCUGCCAUGUCGAAUUCCAAACUACAACCUCAUAGCUGUUGAGUGGAGCAGAGCUGACCUGGGAGAACAAUAUGUGCUUUUAUACCGGGACGGGCACUUUGAGCCACCCAACCAGCAUCCAUCUUUUAAGAACCGAGUGGAUCUGGAAGACAGACAGAUGAAGGAUGGAGACGUGUCUUUGAUUCUGAAGGAUGUGACGACUAAUGACACUGGAACGUACGAGUGUCGUGUCUUCGUGGGAGAAACAAGCUCAUGGAAGUCCAUCAACACCACCUACCUGAGUGUUGAUCCUCCAGGUCAGCCAGGAGGACACACAGAGGAUGGAGGGAAGGAGGCAGGAGGAGAGAAGAGUGGAUCUGUUGGACUCAUCAUUGGUCUUUCAAUUGUUGCUGUGGUUGUUUUAAUCUACAUAACAUAUAAAACAUGUUGUCAGGACUCAGAUCAUCCUCCCACUGAACCACAGAUUGAAAUGUCUGAGAGAUUUCUGAACUCUCAAUCUCCUGCUGAUGAACACAGAGACAGAAAUGACCCGGAAGCAAACAACAGUCACCAACACUCCACAAGGAUCCCUGAUGUCACAUUUGAGAAUGAACUACUUCAUCCUCAGCAAACAGCAGGACUGAUUCCAGAGAGUGACAUCAGAGUGCAGUAGAUAAUUUCUGACAGCAGUCUGAAGAGGAAAUGGAUUCUGUUCUGUUCUGGUUGUUUUUUGUUUGUUCAUUUUAUCUGCACAAAACUAAGAGAUCCACAGUUAACACCAGCCUCCACAUGAAAUGUUUAGAUUCUCUCAGAGCUGUCUGUUACUCUAAUAAAACCGCCAACAAUUAUUGUUAAAUACUUGUUUUGUCUAUCUUACUUAAAAUCAGGGGGGGGGAAAUACAUGCAAAUUAUGUAUGUAAAAAAUGUAAAAAUGUAAAAAAUCCAAUUAACUACUUGGAUGUUCUGUUAACUACAGUGAAGCAAAGACAAAUGCAGGUUGUACGUCCUUUUGGCCUUAAAGUCUUUAAAAUACCCCAAAAAGAUGUGACGUUAGGACAGAGUUAAACCUGGAGGUCAGGCGACAAUAAUUAACACACCCAAUCAGACUGUUUUAAAUUGUAAAUGUCAAAAUGGUGGAUCAGUGUUCGUCACAUUCAAAUAUUCCUGCUUAUUUCAGUGAUUUAAAGUUCUUCUAACUGUCCUGUAACCUCUGGGCCGCAUGUUAAAGGAAAGCAUAAAAAAUAACGUUAUGAGGACAGAUUUAAUUCUCUUUAGUGAAGUUUCAGAGAAUCUUUUCUCUGUGAGUCAGAAAGGUGAAAUAGAAACAAUGCUUUAGGUUUUCUGUGUUAAACACAAAAAUGAAGAAAAUUUCAGGCUGGCGAUGAAUAAUUUGUUAAAUUACAGAACAGAAAAUAAAACAUUCAUCAGGAGCUGUGAGUUUAUCAUCUUUAAGUGUAAAACUGACGACGAAAAUCUGAAGUAUGUUUGGCUUUUAAAGGCUGUGCAGGACCCCGUUUGAGCCUGUUGGAGAGGAGGCAGGAUGGAGGAGCU